UUGAGCUCUCCCGUAGCGAAAGUCCAAGUUCCGCCGCUGGAAUUGAGCUGGUACCUGAGAAGCAGCAAAGGCCGCGUCUUCCGACCUAGGCUGCCUCUUGCUGUCAUGUCUCAAGGAAUCCUUUCUCCACCUGUGGGCCUGCUGUCUGAUGAGGAUGUGGUAGUCUCCCCAAUGUUUGAAUCCACAGCUGCAGAUUUGGGUUCUGUGAUCCGGAAGGACCUGCUGUCAGACUGCUCUGUCAUCUCUACCUCCCUGGAGGACAAGCAGCAGGUUCCAUGUGAGGACAGUACAGAGAAGGUGAAAGUAUACCUGAGGGUCAGGCCCUUGUUACCUUCUGAGUUGGAGCGACAGGAGGAUCAGGGCUGUGUCCAAAUUGAGAAUAUGGAGACCCUUGUUCUGCAAGCACCCAAGGACUCCUUUGCCCUGAAGAGCAAUGAGCGAGGAAUUGGUCAAGCCACCCACAAGUUCACCUUUUCACAGAUCUUUGGGCCAGAAGUGGGACAGUCAUCCUUCUUCAACCUGACCGUGAAGGAAAUGGUAAAGGAUGUACUCAAAGGUCAGAACUGGCUUAUCUAUACAUAUGGAGUCACCAACUCAGGGAAAACUCACACAGUCCAAGGUACCACCAAAGAUGGAGGGAUCCUGCCUCGGUCUCUGGCUCUGAUAUUCAAUAGCCUCCAAGGCCAACUUCAUUCAACACCUGAUCUGAAGCCCUUGCUUUCCAAUGAGGUAAUCUGGCUAGACAGUAGGCAGAUUCGACAGGAGGAAAUGAAGAAGAUGUCCCUGCUCAAUGGAGGCUUUCAAGAGGUGAAGUCUAUCUAUGUCCUUAAAAAGAGCGUCUACAUUGAGAGUCGGAUGGGUACCACCACCAGCUUUGACAGUGGCAUUGCUGGGCUCUCUUCUACCAGUCAUUUUACCAGUAGUAGCCAGCUGGAUGAAACAAGUCACCAAUGGGCACAGCCAGACACUGCCCCAGUAAGCAUCCCAGCAGACAUUCGCUUCUCUGUCUGGAUCUCCUUCUUUGAGAUCUACAAUGAGCUGCUUUAUGACCUGUUAGAACCACCUAGCCAGCAGCGAAAGAGGCAGACUCUGCGGCUGUGUGAGGAUCAGAAUGGCAAUCCCUAUGUGAAAGAUCUCAAUUGGAUUCAUGUUCAAGAUGCUGAGGAAGCCUGGAGACUCCUAAAAGUGGGUCGUAAGAACCAGAGCUUUGCCAGCACCCACCUGAACCAGAACUCUAGCCGUAGUCAUAGCAUCUUCUCAAUCCGGAUCUUGCACCUUCAAGGGGAAGGGGAUAUAGUUCCCAAGAUCAGCGAGCUGUCACUCUGUGAUCUGGCUGGCUCAGAGCGCUGCAAAGAUCAAAAGAGUGGUGAACGACUGAAGGAAGCAGGAAACAUUAACACUUCUCUGCACACCCUGGGCCGCUGUAUUGCUGCUCUGCGCCAAAACCAGCAGAACCGGUCAAAGCAGAACCUGGUUCCUUUCCGUGACAGCAAGUUGACCCGAGUGUUCCAAGGCUUCUUCACAGGCCGAGGCCGUUCCUGCAUGAUUGUCAAUGUAAAUCCCUGUGCUUCUACCUAUGAUGAGACUCUUCACGUGGCCAAGUUUUCAGCCAUUGCCAGCCAGCUUGUACAUGCCCCACCUGUGCAACUAGGACUCCCAUCCCUGCACUCAUUCAUCAAGGAACAGAGUCUCCAGGCAUCCCCUGGCUUAGCAAAAGGGAGUAAGGCAGACCCAGACCUUGACAACCACAUUGAAAAUGAAGUUGACAUCUCCAUAUACAGCAAGCAGGAGCUCCUACAGGUGGUAGAAGCCAUGAAAACCCUGCUUUUGAAAGAACGACAGGAAAAGUUGCAACUGGAGAUGCGACUCCGUGAUGAAAUUUGCAAUGAGAUGGUAGAACAGAUGCAACAACGGGAACAGUGGUGCAGUGAACAUUUGGACACCCAAAAGGAACUACUGGAGGAAAUGUAUGAAGAGAAACUGAAGAUUCUCAAGGAGUCACUGACAAGUUUUUACCAUGAAGAGAUUCAGGAACGGGAUGAAAAAAUUGAAGAGCUAGAAGCUCUCUUGCAGGAAACCAGACAGCAGCCUGUGGCCCGUCAACAGUCAGAGUCUGAAUUAUCCCUACGACGAUCACAAAGGUUGGCAGCUUCUGCCUCCACUCAUCAGCUCCAGGAAGUUAAUGCUAAACUAGAACAGUGCAAAGCAGAGCUAAACUCUACCACUGAAGAGUUGCAGAAGUAUCAGAAAAUGUUAGAACCACCACCCUCAGCCAAGCCCUUCACCAUUGACGUGGACAAGAAGUUAGAGGAGGGCCAGAAGAAUGUAAGACUACUGCGGUCAGAGCUUCAGAAACUUGGUGAGUCUCUCCAGUCAGCAGAAAGGGCCUGUUGCCACAGCACUGGGGCAGGAAAACUUCGUCAAGCUUUGAACACUUGUGAUGACAUCUUAAUCAAACAGGAUCAGACGCUGGCUGAACUGCAGAAUAACAUGAUGCUAGUAAAACUGGACCUUCGGAAGAAGGCAGCAUGCAUUGCUGAGCAGUAUCAUACUGUGUUAAAGCUUCAAGGCCAGACUGCUUCUGCAAAAAAACGCCUUGGUGCCAACCAGGAAAACCAGCAACCAAACCAGCAACCCCCAGGAAAAAAACCAUUCCUUCGAAAUUUACUUCCCCGAACACCUACCUGCCAAAGCUCAAUAGACUGCAGCCCUUAUGCCCGGAUCUUGCGCUCACGGCGCUCUCCUUUACUCAAAUCUGGGCCUUUUGGCAAAAAGUACUGAGACUGUGGGAAGGAGAACACAGUCAUUUCCCUGAUGUGGGUCAGCUGCUCAGCUUAAUAGACCUCUUCAGCUUUACCAUAUACCUGGAACUGUAUCCAGAAAUGUAAUACUCCAAUACUAGUGUUUUUUCCCUUUUUGUAUUAUAAUCACUUUUGUAAUCUCAUGUUUUUUCACUCAUAUGGUUUCUAUGCACACAAAAAAGUUAUAUUAAAUAAAGAUAUUACUGUUCA